AUGGAUAGAGUGUUUUCAGUGGAUGAGAUACCCGACCAAUUCUGGUCGCCGCCGAUUCGCCUCGACGAUGCCGACGUGGAGCCGGCAUCGUCGUGCGCCGCCGCGUCGUCCUCCUCGAAGAUGAACCGCAGCUCAUCGGAAUGGGCGUUCCAGCGGUUCCUGCAGGAGGCCGCCUCGCCCGAUCACGACAGCGCACCCCUCAAAACCGACGCCGCCGUAGGGAUCAAGGGCAGCAAUCAUCAUUACAACGGAAAUCAGCAGCCGCAGGUGGCGGCGGCCGCCGCCGGACCUCCACCGAAUAUUCCGAUCGAUUCGGAGGAAUACCAGGCGUUUCUCAAGAGCCGUCUGGAUUUGGCAUGCGCCGCGGUCGCGUUGACUCGGGCAACUAAAGGAAAAGCUUGUGAUUCCGAGUCCUUUGCAGCAGCAGCAGCAUCUGAUGUCGGCUCUCAGGCAUCCAAUUCAUCACACUGUAAAGCAGGGCGUGACUCAUUGAAGGCACAAGACAAGGAUACAGCUGGUGUGCCUCCCAUUCCUGCAAGUUCCAGGAAAGCUGGUACACAGGUGAAGUCAACAACAAGUGGCUCCUCAGGGGAACAGUCUGAUGAUGAUGAGGCUGAGGGCGAAAAUGAGACUACCCAGAAUAUGGACCCCUCAGAUGCAAAACGCAUGAGGAGGAUGCUUUCAAAUAGAGAAUCAGCUCGACGAUCAAGAAGACGAAAGCAGGUUCAUUUGACAGAGCUUGAGACACAGGUCUCUCAACUGAAAGUCGAAAAUUCUUCCUUGCUGAAGCGCUUCACAGACAUAAGUCAGAAGUACAACGAAGCAGCUGUUGAUAAUAGAGUCCUUAAAGCUGAUGUUGAGACCUUGAGAGCCAAGGUGAAAAUGGCCGAAGAAACUGUGAAAAGAGUAACUGGGCUGAACCCGCUGUUUCAGGCCAUGUCAGAAAUAUCGAGCAUGGGCUUGCCAUCGUUUGCCCCCACUCCUUGCGACACAUCACCUGAUGCUGAUGUACCUAUAAGACUAGAUAAUGAUCCCAAGAAGCAAAAUUACUAUCAUGCCCCUUACACCAAUGCUACUGCUGCUAAUGGUGACAAUAAUAAUAAUAAUAAUAGCCCGGCCGAGAACAUUGUGCAAGCAAAGGGAACAAAUUUAGGGAUUGGGCCAAACAAAAUUGGAAGAACGGACUCAAUGCAGAGAGUUGCCAGCUUGGAACAUCUGCAGAAGCGUAUACGUGAUGGUGGGCCAACCUCAUCUGGCGGAGGUCAGUGA